AUGGCGACGGACCUGGAGAAGGAGCAGCCAGGAUACGGAGUUGAAAGCGCCCGCAAUGUCAAGCUUGAGGAGCACACGCGAGGCGCGCAUGUUGUGGAGCUGACGAGCGGUCUGCUGGACGAGGAUGAAAUUGUCAUGAAUAGUGUGUCCCGUGAUGAAGGCGUUGUGGUUGGAGGACACCAUGGCGUCAAGGCGAGGGGCGAGGCGGAGCGACAAGACCUUGGCGAAAAGCUUUGCAAGGAGGCGACGGGCUGUGAAUUUGAGGCGCUGGUACAGACGGCGGAAGGGAUCGGCAUCCGGGGGCUCGGCGUUCCAUGCCUCCGCCACCACCUCCUGAAAGCUAUCGAGCUUCAACCAAAAGCAUUCGAACUGGGGUUGGAUGCCAUGAACACUUGCUUCUUCGGCGGCAGCAGCAUGAUCGGCUCCGAAGCACCGUUCUUCUACCCAGGCAUGCCGCACGAUGCGGGCUUCGGCUCCGGCGGCGCGGAUGUGGCCGCGCAUUUCAUGGCCAGCAGCGCGAUGGUCACUUCGCCGGCGAACCAGCUCGUCUGGCCCGCCGCUGCUCCUUCGCAGGACAGCCACCAAGCGAGCAUGUCGACGGAGGAGAUGAACGACGACGCCUACGCCGUCGCCGGCGAGAGCUGCAGCACCGUGCACUCCAUGCUCCCUUCCGCCUCGGCAGACUUCUUUCAGUACGGGUCGGGAGUGGUCACCAUCGCCCAGCCGUCGAAGAUGGCCAAGCUCGUUGCUGGAGAGCCACACUGCGGCUGGCUCUACGAUGGACCGAGCGCUGCCUCGACCCACCAGCCGUAUUACCUGACGGCGUUCUCCGGCGGCAGCGACUUUCCGGACGCUGUCGCCGGCGCGGCGAGCGGCCUGUCGCUCAGGCUAGGUGCCCAGUCUUCCUCGGUCACCAUGGCGAGCAUACCGGAGCAGUCCUCGGAGGUGAGCUGCUCCGGCCUGACCCACGUCAACAGCGAAGGCUUUGGCUACCAGCAGCCUCAGGCCGUGAGGGCUCACGCCGGCGCCGGCGCCGGCCUGUUCCAUCUGCCUCCUUACGGCGAUGUCGGUGCCGGCGACGACGAGCUGCGGCACGUGUACCCACAGAUGUACUCGAGGCCUCCGCACUUCUCGCAGGUGCUGCCGCGGUCGGGAUACGCGCACAUUGCCCAGGAGCUGCUGAAUGGGUUCGCCGGCUGCGUGCUGAAAGACCUGGCCGAGAUGCCUGACGAUUCAGUCAGCGGCAUUGGCAGCGAGGCGAGCCUCCUGCUCUCGUCGAGCUGCUCGGCGAGGACGCCGUCGUCGGUGAGCUCCAACCAGCUGAUGCUGCCCUCCGACGAGGGCUCAGCCGACGGCGGGAGGUGGAUGGAGGCUCAGAGGCAGCUCCGGCGCGGCGACCAGCAGUCCUGGCGGCCCCAGCGCGGCCUGCCGGAGAAGUCCGUCGCCGUGCUCAAAGCCUGGAUGUUCGAGAACUUCCUCCGCCCGUACCCGAAGGACCACGAGAAGGACAUGCUGGCGGCGAGGAGCGGGCUGAGCAGGAGCCAGGUCUCCAACUGGUUCAUCAACGCGCGCGUCCGGCUGUGGAAGCCGAUGAUCGAGGAGAUGUACGAGGAGCUCAAGAGGAGCUCCGGGCGCGGCGGCGACGCUGAGCUUCCGAGCAGCAAAGACGUCGUCGGCUAG